AUGAAGGGGAACACGCAUGCAUCGAUGGAGAUCGGUUUGGGUUCUGUGCCUGCGUGGUGUCUCGAGGGUGAAGCGUUACGUGAGAGCAGCUGCAGAGAAUUUUGCAAAGACGAAAACCCAAAAUCGCCUACACCGAAGCUCCAGCAGGACAGGCACCGACAUCCCCGUAUUUACAUUCUCGUACAUAUAUAUACAUGUAUAUAUAUAUAUAUAUAUACAUGUAUAUAUAUAUAUAUAUACAUGUAUAUAUAUAUAUAUAUAUAUAUAUAUAUACAUGUAUAUGAUUGUAAGGCUCACGUAGAGAGGUGCAUUGGCGUAGAAUUCUUCGAAAUCGACUUGAUGCUUUCCGAACCAGAGUCGGCGCACGCCCGCGUUUCCCUCUCGGCGAAACUGCCGCGCGAGGGCUCGGAACGAAACCCACGGUACCUCGUUUAA